GCACUUAACGAACCAUAGCCUAUACAAUCAGUGCAUGAAACGUGGGCGUGUUAUCAACUGCGUAACAUGCGUAUACCAACAACACGAAUGCGUAGAAAUUAGGCCGGACGUGCUGCUACAAAUGACGCUUGGGCCUACACCUGGAACCCUUGACGUGAUUGUAGGCGAUGAUCCGUCCGUAAAGGAAGUCAUUCUGUACUAUACAGACGACAAAUGCUGUAUCGCGGACAUGGAAUAUCAUGGCCACCAGUGCAUCCUUUGGAUUCAGCGGAGUCUGAAGGACGCAGUGCCGCAAGUGUGCAUUGACCAAUUCGUGGACACGUGCGGCGUAAUCGUUGACCCCCACAGAAGAGACCUGUGCGAUGACGGCGAGGGCGAUUACUAGAGAACAAUCAAGCUAAUGUAAUCCUGCACAUCUAGUUGUAACCUGCACAGUGAAUAAAGCGCAAAACCUUGCAUUUGGCUAUUUCUGUGCGGAGCUUGUCAUCUUUCAUAAGUAAACUGUUUAUCAUACAUCGAGAACUCAA